CACCUUUUAUCAUAUGGAGGGUAUUAGCACGCAACCCUGUCCAAAAACCUGGUUUACGACAAGAGAUUGGAAAUUUUUGGAAGCACUUUUGAUUUUAUUAUGUAGUAUCCCUUAUACAAGAGGUGCGAAUAAUGCCAGUCCAGGAAAAGUUACAUGGAGUCUUCACACAAACCCAGUAGUCUUCGGGAGUAAUGCUACUCUCUGUUGUAUAAUACACAGUCCUGCUACUAAUCACAUGGCAUGGGUAAGAGAUCCUGGUGCAAAGGUAGUGGCAACGGGUGAUAGCCCAUCAAAUACGAUGAAAUAUUUAGCGUCAGUAGAACCAAAAGGAAAUAUUACUUACUACUUGCUGACAAUCAUUAAUAUUGAUAUGACAGAUGUUAACGUUAACUAUAGAUGUGAAUCGAAUUUUGACUUAUUUGAACAGAAGUUAGAACUGAGAGAAGAAAGUUUUGUCAUGAAACCUUUAAGCAACGAAACUAUUAUGAAUAUAACCAGAGAAAAUGGCAUGAUCACAGUUUCAUUAAAAAUGCGAAACAUGUUCCCCAAACCGGAAUGUUUCUUCUCAUCAAAGAAGGCGAAAAUGAAUGGUAACGUUUCCUUAGAAGAAAAUGGCAAACUUUACAACGUAAAAAUGGGUUUCAGUAUAAGCGACGAUAUGUGUGGCAACGAUAUCACUGCAUAUUGUGCAUUAGGAAAGAAAAUUGUAUUGAUUUACAUAUCUUCAUCUAAUAAUAGCUGGACACGCCAAUGCCCUAAAGAUAGACAUGGAGAUAAUUCUGUCUUUAUAGUAACUGUGGUAAUCAUAAUAACACUGGUAUUUAUUGUUGUACUUAUAUAUUUGGUGGUAAAGAAAUAUUUUGCCAGGACAUUCGGCCAUGCAUUUAAACAGGUUUUAAAUCCGAACAACCAUGCAGUUGUACAUGUAUAAAUGAUAAUUGAAAACAAAUGUAGAUUUGUAUUGAUUUUUUGAACUGGUUAAACAUUUGUAAAUAUAUUAAUUUUCAAGAGCCAUUAACCCGGACUUAAGUUUUGUAGUCAACGGAUUCGAAAUACGCAUUACGCUAUGGUAUGCUCCAAAACUAAUAUGGGAAGUGUUUGGAAACAUUUCGUAAAAAUCAUGAUAAUCCAAUAUUUAUUCCUGAAGAUAAAAUUAGUAAUAUUGUAGAUUGUUUACAUAUCUAGAUUUUGUAUUUAUGUCAAAUGCUUUUUUCUGCUAUUAUAGACGGUUAAAAAGAAAUGCUUUGUAUAAAUUGUUGAAGUUUAAAGAAGAAAGUUGAAUGCAAACCACUUUUUACCCUUACUAAACGGAACUCAUAUAUUAGAUUUUUGUAUUCUUCUAAAUACUGGCUGUGACCAUAAUGACACAGUGUAUCUAUAAAUAUAGGCUUGUCUAUAAUGUUUAAACUCUCAAUCUAAUUAGAUUUGUCAAGUUGAAUGUUUUGACAAAAGGUUGUGUGUUCAGAUUAAGCACAUUGAAUAAUGAAAUAUCUUUAACAUUGAAAUUGUAAUUAUCGAACAUCUUAAUGUUCUCAUAUGUUAGAAGAAUAUCAAGGUGAACUUUUGUGUGACUUAGAAAAAGCUUGUUUUGUAAUUAAGACGUCUAGUCAUAAAAUUGAAAAUUGAGGACGGUCAGUAUCAGGUAAUAGUUUGCCACGAUCGCCUGUGUGAUAUAUGAAGUGUAAAUAAUAUUUUGAAGAAUGUUUUAUCUCCAUUUUAUAAUUUUUUUUUAAAAAUAUAUAGCAAUCAUUACAAUUAUCAAUCAAAUGAAUUGUUAUUGUUUUAUAAGUUUGUUUUGUUGUUUAGUUUUUUUUAUUGUGUUAUAAAUAAUAAAAUUAUUGUUAAUAUUCCUUUCAAAGUAAACGUUGAUUGGUUGAUGCAAUUAUUAUCUGUAUCUGUUUGAAUGUACAUUUUUUUUUAAAUGAAAAGAUACAAUAUAACAAACACAAACAUUUUUAGUAACUAUUUAAUAAGUUAGGUUGGGAUGUUAAAGAUAAGAAAAUUAUAUCAUCUGUUGUAAAUUUAACAGUUUAUUUAUAUAAAUCGGCAAUUACUGAUUUCAUUUCAAAACCAUUACUUUAUAUUUUACAAGAAAUACAUCUGCACUUUUGCAAAUGUAAAAACAAAGACAUUAUGUCGUUUCUUUUUACAUUAAUCGUAUUUGACACUCAUUAUUAAUUUUUUUAUUGGCAAUUUAUACAUUUUUCCUUUGAUCCUACUGCCUAAUACUUUUAAGAUCAUGAACAGGACCAAACAAUGUGAGGGACUGGCGUCAUUUAUUAGUCCAGGAACGUCACAUGCUCUUGUUCAUCCAUGACUACUUUCAUACAAUUUAUCUAUCUCAACAUUUUGAACACGAAAAGUAUUUUUUUUCUAUUUUUGUCAUUUUUCUUCUUAUUCACAACAAAACAAAAUCAUACAGUCAAGCGAAAUGCCGAUGAAAAGAAUAAUGGCAUUUUGUUUUAUCCUGACUUCGUCAGCGAAAUUGCCUGCACUUCAAAAGCGAACUCGCUUGAUAUACUUUCUGAUAAUAAAGUCAGCUCAGAAAGGAAAUGCCAUUAUUAUCUAUGUAUUCACAUUCAUAGCUAAUGUUCUUUGCAAAAAAGCAAUUCAUGUUUUCAAUAGUUGAAUGAGAUUUCACUGUGUCAGCACAUAUAUGAUGAUGAAGGAUUGUCAAUAGUGGUAUUUGUAUAUAAUGGUUUUUUUUUAAACUAAUGUCAUUUUUAGGUCAAUAAAAGUUCAGGCUUAUAACCUAUGUGUAUUGGUUGUAAACUCUAUGAAACAGUUAUAUUCUAUUUAAUAUAUAUUUGA